AUGACAUUUCGAGUGGGACCAGACACGCCGAAAGUUGGCGCCUUGCUCAAAACGACGUGCGAUGAAGGGGAUUAUGAUGAUCUCGAUGAAUCUAACGACGAUGUAAAAAAAAGCUUAUGUUUCAUUCUUGUUUUACGGGAUUUUAUGACAUUUCGAGUGGGACCGGACACGCCGAAAGUUGGUGCCUUGCUCAAAACGACGUGCGAUGAAGGAGAUUAUGAUGAUCUCGAUGAAUCCAACGACGAUGAUGAAGAAGAGGAGGAUGAGGAAGUAAAAACUACAACAGCUUCUUCUUCGGGAAGUAAAAAACGUUCGAAAAGAGAAACAACAGCUGAAGAGGAUGGAUUAGUGAAUCUAGGAGUGUGUCUGGGUGAUAUAAUGCCAGCGAUCAGGGAAAAAUAUCCCAAUAAAUUGCUCCACAUCAAGAUUCAUUCAUCUCGGGCCCCAUCUGUGCUAUUAUCCGCUAAAGGUGGAGGUUUGGCAACAAUAAGUGUGGCAUUGGAUGCGGAGCUAUAUAUCGAUGACAGCGGUGAAAAAGUGGGAACAAUGGUGAUGAACGGUGUUCUGGAAACAAGCAUUUAUACGUCCAAUAAUCGAAUUGUUGGUGUUGCUGAUAUACGAUCUCUGAAAUUAACCGAUAAGCAGCAAACGCUCGGACUACCUCAGGAUGCGCUCAACAAUCUGGCUAACUUGGCUAAGGAGCUCCUUUCAAAGACGGCAAACGAUGCGUUGAUAAAAGGAUUCGUCGUCCAGCUACCAACCGCAAAAUUACCGUUCUCAUUUGUGCAACCGAAAUUUGACAUCGUUGAUCACGCCAUUCAUCUGGCAUCCGAUAUCCGGAUCUCACCAGCUACUCUUGGAAUUACCUCAUCAAGCAUUUGUCGGCGAUUUUAG